AUGCCAGAGUACAAGUACACAGAUCCUGUUGAUUGUGCAGUCGAUAUCGAUACGGAUAAGAUUUCAGGCAAGACAGCUGUUGUCACUGGUGGCGCAAGCGGCAUUGGCGAGGCAUACGUGCGGGCAUUUGUCAGCGCAGGCGCGCACGUCUGUAUCGGUGACCUUAAUACUCGGAAUGGCGAAAGAUUGUCUAAGGAGCUGCCCAAUGUCAAAUUCGUCAAGUGUGAUGUGACCAGCUGGGAAGAUCAAAUUGAAUUGUUUAAGACAGCAGUUGCAUUCUCGCCCUCGGGCAAGUUAUCCUACGUCGUUACCAAUGCUGGCAUUUUCAAAGCAGACACGGUGUACGAUGUGUCCGCCUCCGAACCAUCGAAGCCAGACCUCCAGGUUCUUGACGUCAACAUCGUUGGUGCAAUGUACACGAUCAAGUUAGCAUUGCAUUACUUUGUCCAGCAGAAUGGAACAGAAAUUUCUCCUAAACAAGAAGAUACUGCUCUUGUCCUUAUCGGAUCUGGUGCCUCCUUCCUAGACGGACCACGAGCACCAACAUAUGCGGCCAGUAAAUGGGCCAUGAGGGGUAUUAUGCACAGUUUGAGACGCACCGCCUUCUAUCACGGUAGUCGCGUCAACUUGAUUGCACCUUGGUACGUCAAGACCGGCAUUCUUUCGCAAGAGCAGUUUGAGGGCGUCAAGCAAGCGGGAGUACAAUUUGCCGAAGCCGAAGAUGCUGGAAGAUGUCUGCUCAGGAUUUGCUCAGACUCUGAAAUUAAUGGAAAGACGUUCUUCGUCUGCGCAAGGAAAUGGGCGUCGGCCGGCUAUUUCGAUUUGGACAUUGAUGAUUACCAUGAUAAUCCUUUACUUGAAGAGAUUCAGCAGGAGCAAAUGUGGUCUUCACCAGUGUCCCUGGGCUUGUUCCCGAGUUGA